AUGACGGACUCAAAGACGGCCAUGUCUAAGACGCACGAUCAUCUUCGUGAAGUGACAGACCAUGAGGCCGAUAUCGCUCAUGGCGUGAAUAUGGAGAUAUACAGGGCGACGGUCCCGUUAUGGAAACGGAUAUGGCAGCACAGCUUGACGCAGAUGAUGCUGUUGAGUGUCCAGGCAUUUUGUGGACCAGCCAUGGCGGAUGCAAUCACGGGCCUGGGGGGUGGUGGUCUUGCAACCGCCAAGGUGUCUAACAUUUGUACUGCAAUCACAUACGCCCUUCUUGCGAUCGUCUGUUUCAUGGGUGGUCCGAUUGUGAACAAGAUCGGUGUGAAGUGGGCCCUCGUUUUGGGCGCAAUGUCCUUCCCAAUUGAAGGAUCGGCAUACUACUGUAAUAGCAAGUUUGGAAAUCAAUGGUAUCUUAUUCUGAGUGGUGCCAUCAGUGGCAUUGGAACUGCUUGCUGGUAUGUCGCUGAGGCUGGAGCUAUCAUGACACUUGCCCCUUCCGGCGCUCGUGGGAAGUAUUUGGCUCUGUGGAUUGUGUCGCGCAACCUCGGACAACUGGUCGGAGGUGCAAUCAACCUUUCGAAGAAUCAUGAGAAAGGAGUCGAGGGUGGAGUAUCUCCCGAUACCUACAUCGCUUUCGUGAUCAUUGAAUCUCUCGCUCUACCUUUUGCAUUACUCAUAACUCCUUUCGAAAAGGUUGUCCGAUCCGAUGGUACCAGGAUUGUUAUUUCGGAAACCCUUUCCACCAAGAUGGAGAUGAAACGUAUUUUGAAGACCAUGACCUCGAAACUCGUUGUACUUUCAGCCCUCUGGGCAUUGUGGUCGUUUUUCUACAGUGGCACUUGGAGCACCUACCUAGCGACCUACUUCUCCGUCCGCGCCCGCGCUCUCUCAUCUCUCAUUUCGCCUUUCUUCUGCAUUGUGGGCUGCUUCGGGCUUGGAUUUAUCCUUGAUAUGAAGAAUCUCAGUCAGCGCCGCCGGGCCCAGAUCGGUCUCUUUACAGUCGUCAUCCUCAAUGUUGGGGUGUAUAUUUGGUCCAUCAUUAUGCAAGUCAAGUUUAACCACCAUAAUCCGGGUCACAUUGAUUGGCAAGAUGCAAUGUACCCGUCUGCUUUCUUGCCAUAUUUCUUUGUGCAGACCACUGGCCCGUUAUCGCAGUCGUACAUGUAUUGGCUUCUUUCCUCUUUUGCCACGGACGCCCAAGAAAACGUACGAAAUGGCGCUGCAUUCCGAUGCAUUGAAGCGAUUGGACAAGCCAUCUCUUACGGCAUGAAUACUCAGACAACAAACAACCCUUCUCCGGCUCUGUAUCCCAUGAUUAUGCUUGUCAACACGACACCAGACCGCAUUCCUGCCGAUGUAGUUGCCGAGGAGCAGGAUGCUGCUCUUGAGAAGAUUGAACAUUUGAAGGUCUCUAAUCAAUCAGCAUUCAGUACUCCAGUUUAG